AUGCGUCUUCAGACGGGUGCCUCGGCUGUGGCUUUCGCCGCCGCUGCUAGUGCCUCCUCCCUUAGUGAUGUGUGCACUCUUUCCAAUGUGAAGUCUGCUUUGCCUUCCAAUGGUACCAUCCUGGGUGUUUAUGUGCUUCCUUCAUUGUCUACUGCCAACACCGCCACUAGCCAAUCCUACAGUUACUGCAACGUCACUGUGACCUACACUCACCCCGGCAAGGGCGACACUGUUGUCGUCCAGUACGCUCUCCCUGAGCCCUCCGACUACAAGAAGCGUUUCUACGUCGCUGGAGGUGGUGGGUACUCUCUUUCGGCCACUUCCACCGGUGGUCUUGAGUACGGCGCUGUCGGAGGUGCUACCUCCGCUGGUUACGGUGCUCUGGAUGGCACUAGCUACGAUGAGGUCGUCCUUUAUGCCAAUGGCUCUAUUAACUGGGAUGCCACUCACAUGUUCGGCUACCAGGCGCUCGGUGAGAUGACCAAGCUCGGCAAAUACUUCACUAAGGGCUUCUACGGCCAGUCUGCCAGCUCCAAGCUCUACACCUACUACGAGGGCUGCUCCGACGGUGGUCGCGAGGGUAUGAGCCAGAUCCAACGCUACGGAGACGAGUACGACGGCGCCAUUACCGGUGCCCCCGCCUUCCGCUACGGCCAGCAGCAGGUUAACCACCUGCUCCCCAACGCCGUUGAACACACCCUCGACUACUACCCUCCCCCCUGCGCUCUGGCAAAGAUCGUCAACGAGACCAUCAAGGCAUGCGACCCUCUCGACGGCCGUACCGACGGCGUCAUCGCCCGCAGUGAUCUCUGCAUGCUGAACUUCAACAUGUCUUCCAUCAUCGGCACGAAGUACUACUGCGCCGCCGAAACCGCUACAUCCCAGGGCUUCGGCUUUAGCAAGCGCGCCGAAGGCAGCACAACAGCCUACGAGCCCGCCCAGAACGGCACUGUGACUGCCGAGGACGUCGCCGUCGCUCAGGGCAUCGUCAACGGUCUCCACAACAGCAAGGGCGAACGCGCCUACCUCUCAUGGCAAAUCGGUUCCUCCUUCGAAGAUGCAGAGACCGAGUGGAACAACAACACCAAGGCCUGGGAAUUGGACAUCACCUCCCUCGGCGGAGAGUUUGUCACCAAGUUCGUUCAGCUCGUUGACAUCGAUAACCUUUCCUCCUUCGAGGGCGUUACCUACGACACCCUUGUCGACUGGAUGAACACCGCCAUGGUCCGCUACAUGGAUACCCUCCAGACCACCCUGCCCGAUCUCACUACCUUCCAGGAGUCCGGUGGUAAGCUCAUCCACUACCACGGAGAGCAGGACAACUCUGUCCCCACCGCUUCCUCCGUGCACUACUGGCAGUCUGUCCGCGAUAUCAUGUACCCCGGUUUGUCGAGCUCUAAGAGCCUCGCCAAGCUGCAGGACUGGUACCAGCUUUACCUUGUUCCCGGUGCCGCUCACUGUGGCACCAACAGCCUCCAGCCUGGUCCUUACCCCGAGGAUAACAUGGAGAUUAUGAUUAACUGGGUCGAGAACGGAGUCAAGCCUUCGCGUCUUAACUCGACUGUUUCUUCCGGUGACUACGAGGGUGAGACCCAGAUGCUGUGCCAGUUCCCGUCUCGUCCUCUGUGGAAGAACAACUCUACCUUCGACUGUGUCUUUGACAAGGCUUCUUAUGAUAGCUGGACUUAUGAGUUCCCCGCUUUCAAGGUUCCUGUCUACUAA